AUGGCAGAUACGUCACUUUCAAGCCUCUUCUGGAGCAAAUCCAGUGUGCGGCCGGAAAUAGCUGCGGCUCUAGCUCUGCUCGGCCUUUUAGUGAUUGCUAGACUGACCCUUCGGACAUAUCGCAUACACGGCCAUCCUCUUAAAUCAUUCAAGGGUCCCCCAGAGGCGUGCGUUCCGGAAGACUGGCUUUACAAGGUUACGAAGGACGGUACUGCCGAGCAAAAAUUCGAAGCUCUUCACAAAAAGUACAACACUAAGGCUCUUCGUAUUGGACCAAACGAGCUUCAUAUUUCUGAUAUCGAGCUGUACAAAGUGAUCUACAAGCAGUCCAAGCCAUUCCUCAAGCAUGCCCCAUUUUACGAUGGAUUCAACACACCCCAUACUGUGUUUGCGGAAAUCGAUCCUCGCUUGCAUAAAGAGCGUCGACGCAUGCUGAAUCCCUUGUUCUCGAAGGUGGGGGUUUACAAGUUGGAACCUCUGAUUCAUGAGAAGAUUUACGUGCUCUCAUCCAAAAUCAACCGCCUCUGUGGCUCCCAGGAGAUUGAUAUCUACAAUGCAGUUCGCCUUUUGACUACAGAGAUUAUCACGGAAUUUGCCUUCGCGAGAUCAGCUAACCUCAUCGAGGAGAGAACUGAGGAAAUGGAUUCAUGGUUCCUUGACGCUUUCGACGUUGGCUCCCAAAGUGUGGUCGAUUUACAGUACAAUUAUUUUCUUCGACAACUCGUGAGAAUACUACCAGUUGGCAUUAGCGAACUUUUGAACCCCAAGCUUGCCUCUAUCCUCAAUUUACAAAAGUUUGCGGCAGAUUGUAUGCGGCAUUGGCAGAAGUCGUCAGGAAGCUCCUCUCAUCCUGUUAUCUUCGAUAGCCUGAAGUCAAUCUCAGACAGCGCCAAGGUUUCUGAGGCUAUGGACAUUCUCAUCGCCGGUGCUGACACCACAGCAUCUACGCUGACAACUGGGUUUUAUCAUAUCCUCUCCAAUCCAACAAUCCAAAAACGCCUUGUGCGGGCACUCGACGAGGCCAUGCCAGAAUCCGGAUCAUUAAUUUCACUCCAAUCUUUGGAGAAAGUGGAAUACUUGUCGGCGUGUGUCAAAGAAUCUAUUAGGGUUGGUAUGGCUGUACCUGGUCGUCUCCCUCGUGUCGUCCCCAAUGGUGAUCCGUUUGUUGUCGAAGGAAAACUCGUCCCCCCGGGUACCAUCGUUGGCAUGUCAGCGUACACCAUGCAUAAUUCUAUAGAUGCUUGGGGACCCGACGCCCGCGAGUUCAACCCUGACCGUUGGAUCGGACCCGAGUCUAAGGAUCUGGAGAAAUGGCUAUGCACAUUUUCCAAAGGUGCACGGAUGUGCUUGGGCCAAAAUGUUGCACCAGCUGAGAUGACCCUCACAUUUGCCCACUUGUUCCGCAAUCACGAGCUGAGCCUCCCCAAAGGGAAUAUGGCACCGAAGGGGAUUGAUCGCUUUACCUUACAGUUCGAAAAGCCGGGAUUACCCGUAGUGUUUAAACCUCGUCAGUGA